UUUCAGGAAUUGGAAAAUUCAAUAACAAACGAAACAGUUCUUGUGUCAGUAAUGGCAGUGAAUAAUGAAAUUGGUGUGAAGCAACCCAUUGACGAAAUUGGAAGGAUUUGCCGAAAAAGGAAAGUAUUUUUCCACUGUGACGGAGCACAGGCGGUUGGCAAAAUUCCAAUAGAUGUUAAUAAAAUGAACAUCGAUCUGAUGUCGAUCAGCGGCCAUAAAAUAUACGGUCCCAAAGGCGUUGGAGCGUUAUAUGUUCGUCGGCGUCCUCGUGUUCGGCUGGAAGCACAAAUGUCGGGUGGCGGACAAGAAAGGGGUUUUCGAUCGGGAACCGUCCCGACACCGCUUGCUGUCGGCCUUGGCAAGGCUUGCGCCAUCGCAGCGGAUGAGAUGGAAAUGGACAAGAAACAUAUUGAACAACUGGCACAACGAUUCCUUCAUCGUAUUUAUUCAAAAUUGGGACAUGUUAUACGUAACGGUGAUCCGGAACAGACUUAUCUUGGCUGCAUAAAUCUUUCGUUUUCUUGUGUCGAAGGUGAGAGCUUGCUGAUGGCGCUGAAAGAAGUGGCACUAUCGUCGGGUAGCGCAUGCACAAGUGCUUCGCUUGAGCCCUCAUACGUUUUACGAGCAAUUGGAACGGAUGAAGAUCUGGCGCACUCGAGUGUCAGAUUCGGAAUUGGAAGGUUCACCACUGAACAGGAAGUGGACUACACAGCUGAACAGUGUAUUCGAGAAGUGGAACGGCUACGCGAAAUGAGUCCGUUGUGGGAGAUGGUACAGGAAGGCAUCGAUCUAAAGAGUAUACAGUGGAGCCAGCACUAA